AUGAUUGAAUUCUGUCUGCGAAGAAUGCACUUUUCGAGGGCGGCAGUGUGUUUAAUUUUAUUUCCACUUGGAUCGCAACAAUGUUGUAAAUGAGCGUAGUUUUAUUCUCGUACUAAAUGGAUGCGAAUCUGUCUAAGCGUAAGGAGGAGAGCUGUUUCUGUCGCAAGCUGCUGUAGUUCGUGACGGUACUUUUACAUUGUUGCUAAUUAAUGGUCCACGAUGAUUAUUUGCAGCUCAUCACAACACUAGUUUUGUUAUCAAAAGUUGGAAAAGUUUCACGACAGUGUUGUCUUAUCUUAUCACAAACCAGUGAAUCGUUUCAACUAUAGUAAUCUCAUCUCUUGUUGUAGGUAGGUACAUAUAACGUGAUAGCUUUGGCUGUAAAUUUUCAGUGGUAAAAUAAAUCUAGGGAGAAGCGCACCGGAAAAACGAUAGCUCACGUUAAAAAUGACAUCCGUUAUGAAUCGGGUUCUUUCGAUACAAAGCCAUGUAGUGCACGGAUACGUGGGAAAUAAGAGCGCAGUCUUCCCGCUACAGGUUCUUGGUUUCGAAGUCGACAAUAUCAACUCAGUGCAAUUUUCCAACCAUACCGGUUAUAAACAAGGAUUCAAAGGUCAAAUAUUGAACGAAACCGAGCUUGGGGAUGUGUUUUCUGGAUUAGUUGCGAAUGACUUGCACUCUUUGUACACCCACCUUCUGACAGGAUACGUCGGAAAUCCUACUUUUCUGCGAGAAAUUGCAAACAUUUUAAAAAAGUUGCGCUCCGUAAAUCCAUCUCUGAUUUAUGUUUGCGAUCCGGUAAUGGGAGACGACGGAAUCAUGUAUGUUCCCAAAGAACUUCUGCCAAUUUACCGAGAUGAAAUUAUACCGCUUGCGGAUAUUGUAACACCUAACCAGUUCGAAGUGGAAUUACUCACAGGAGUUUCCGUCAAAACUGAACAGGAUGCAUGGACCGCAGUGGAAUGGUUUCAUAGCAAGGGUAUUAAAACAGUCGCCAUUUCCUCAUCAGAGCUCGGUGGCUCCAAUUCGCUUCUGGCACUCGUGAGCCACAAAAAUGGUAACAACAGUCAACGUUAUCGGAUGGUUAUUCCCAAGCAAGGCAAUGGGAUUCGAUUCACUGGAACGGGUGAUUUAUUUGCCUCACUCUUUCUAGCACACUCCACUCUUACGGGAUUCGAUAUGGGUGCGACAUUGGAACGCACCAUCGCUACUUUACAAGCCGUAAUUAGUAAAACGCUUUUAUAUCUACCGGAUGAAGUGAAAUCCGGAAAAACGAAUGUUACAUCAGCACAACGUGAACUAAAACUGAUACAAAGCAAGAAAGAAAUUGAAGAGCCAAAUGUUACAUUGCAUUGUACCAAAGUUUAAAAACGAACAUAUUUUAAUAGUUCUGGGAAUAAAGUUAAUAUUACCAAUAUAUGUUUUUCAAAA